AUGGCUCCUGCUACAUCGGAAUCCGCGAACCUCAUCGGUAUCGCUAACUUGCCAAACCAAAGGCACAAGAUCGUGGCCAAGCGCGGAGCUGCUUUCACGAUUAUGGUCGCUGGUGAAUCCGGAUUAGGCAAGACUACAUUCAUCAACACAUUGUUCUCGACCACAAUCAAGAACUAUGCCGACCAUAAGAAGAGACACACCAAGCAGGUCGAUAAGACUGUCGAGAUCGAAAUCACCAAGGCUGAGCUAGAGGAGAAGUUCUUCAAAGUUCGCCUUACUGUCAUCGACACCCCUGGAUUCGGAGACUAUGUUAACAACCGCGACUCCUGGAUGCCAAUCAUCGAAUUUUUGGAUGACCAGCAUGAAUCCUAUAUGUUGCAAGAGCAACAGCCGCGCAGAACCGACAAGAUCGACCUCCGUGUUCAUGCCUGCUUAUACUUCAUCCGUCCAACUGGUCACACUUUGAAGCCAUUGGAUAUUGAGGUUAUGAAGAGACUAUGUACUCGUGUCAACUUGAUCCCAGUCGUCGCCAAGGCUGAUACGCUGUCACCCGCCGACCUCCAGCGAUUCAAGGAGAGAAUUCGCAGCGUAAUUGAAGCGCAGGGUAUCAAGAUCUACCAGCCACCAGUGGAAGAAGAUGAUGAGGCCGCCGCCCAGCACGCCCGCAGCUUGAUGGCUGCUAUGCCAUUCGCCGUCAUUGGCAGUGAGAAGGAUGUGAAGACCCCUGAUGGCCGUGUCGUAAAGGGACGACAGUACAGCUGGGGUGUCGCCGAAGUCGAGAACGAAGAUCACUGUGACUUCAAGAAGCUCCGAAGCAUCUUGAUCCGAACCCACAUGCUGGAUCUUAUCCACACCACCGAGGAGCAGCACUACGAGGUUUACCGUGCCCAGCAAAUGGAAACCCGCAAGUUUGGCGAGACCAAGCCUAGAAAACUCGACAAUCCUAAGUUCAAAGAGGAGGAAGAGGCUCUUAGGAAGCGUUUCACCGAGCAGGUCAAGAUCGAAGAACAGAGAUUCAGACAAUGGGAGCAGAAGUUGAUCUCCGAGCGUGAUCGCCUCAACAAGGACUUGGAAGCUACACAUGCCGCCAUCAAAUCUUUGGAGAUGGAACUCGAGCAGAUGCAAGGCUCUGCCGCUCGCACUGGCAGAAGAAAUUAA